GACUUGUCCGGUUACUCUGUACUAAUCAAGAACAUGUUUGCCAUUCGACCUUCUCUCAGGACUGCAACGGUGAAGUUACCCUUCGCUAGGCCAUUCAUCACUACAGGGGCCUCAGCUUCAAGACCAUUGUUGAGAAAUGUUAUGACUAUUCCGGUCAAGGCACAGACGCCUCAUGCAGGAAUACUUUUAUCAAAAGCGCAGCUUUGGAGAACAGCUACUACAAGUUCACAGUUCCUUCGUCGUUGCUAUGUCACAGAGGCUUCUCAGGAGGAACUAGCCACCCCAUCAUUGACUGUUGAAGACAUGAUGCCUGUAGAAAAUAUCCGCAACAUUGCUAUCAUUGCUCAUGUCGACCAUGGAAAGACUUCGCUUGUCGACAAAUUGUUAGCACAGUCAGGAGAAGCACUUGGAUCAACCCGUGUCAUGGAUUCCAACACACUUGAGAAAGAAAGAGGUAUUACCAUCCUCUCUAAAGUCACAUCUGUUGUCUAUAAUACUGCAGACGGCAGGCCUAUCAAGAUCAACAUUGUCGAUACGCCCGGACAUGCUGACUUUGGCGGCGAAGUAGAACGCAUUCUGUCAAUGGUUGAUGGCGUUGCGUUGAUUGUUGAUGCUAGUGAGGGGCCAAUGACGCAGACUAAGUUUGUCCUGAAUAAGGCCUUGUCAACUGGCCUUCGUCCGCUUGUCGUCCUCAAUAAAGUUGAUCGCCCAACCUCGCGCGUAGACGAAGUCGACGGAUUACUGCUGGAUUUGUUUAGCUCACUGGGUGCUUCUGACGAGCAAAUGGAUUACCCUAUUGUGUAUGCUUCCGCAAAGGAAGGCUGGGCCACACGCGGCAUGAAUGAGGCCCGUGAAAGCAUGAGGCCUCUGUUGGAUUUGAUCGUCGAUCACGUUCCUGCACCAAAGGUUGACCGUUCUGAUACUUUUAAGAUGCUUGUCACCCAAAUCGACAGCAAUCCUUACCUUGGAAAGUGCUUCCUCGGGAAGAUCACUGGAGGCACUAUCAAGAUUGGUGAUAAGAUGCAAGCCUUGGAUCGCGAAGGAAAACAGACUGAAUCUGGACGUUGUACCAAGAUCUUUGUUCGUCGUGGAUUGGAGAUGAUCCCUGUGAACGAGGCUGGUGCGGGUGACAUUGUUACACUUACAGGAGUCGCUAAUGCAACAGUCAACUCGACUCUCUGUGACCUUAGUGUCACUGAGCCACUUCCUUCCAAUCCUAUCGAUCCUCCCACCAUUGUCAUGAAGUUUUCUGUCAAUGAUUCGCCCUACGCUGGAGAGGAAGGCAAGAGUUUGACUUCCAACAUGAUCCGCGAUCGUCUGAUGAAGGAAGCAGAGACUAAUGUCGCUCUCCAGGUUGUGGAGUCAGAAAACAAAGAAGCCUUUGAGGUCCGUGGACGUGGAGAGUUGCAGCUUGGAGUUUUGAUCGAAACUAUGCGUCGCGAAGGAUUCGAACUCAGCGUGUCGCCUCCUCGUGUUGUGUACAAAGAAGAGAAUGGAGAGCGUCUGGAGCCGAUCGAAGAAGUCACUAUUGAUGUUGGUAAUCAGUACACUGGAACUAUCAUUGAGAAGCUAAGUAAACGCAAGGCUGAGCUCAAGAGCUUCGAGGAAAACGGAGACAAGACUCGUAUUAUCUUUGAGUGCCCGACUCGUGGAUUAUUGGGAUAUGCUUCAGAAUUUAAGAAUGACACGAGUGGAGAUGGGACAUUGAACCAUACUUUCUUGGGCUAUAUGCCCUAUAAAGGCGGCCUUGAAAGAUCUCGCAAAGGAAGUUUAGUCGCCAUGGGAACUGUUGGAGCAGCUACCUCCUAUGCUCUUAAUUUGAUCGAACCUCGCGGUAAGCUGUUCAUUCGUCCGGGCGACAAGGUUUACGCUGGUAUGGUCAUUGGAGAGUCUUCCCGUGCUGGCGAUCUGGAAGUGAACCCUACCCGCGCAAAACAGGUGACAAACAUCCGCACAGUUGCCAAAGAUGACAAUAUCAUCCUGCGCCCACCGGUUGAAAUGAGUUUGGAGUCGAUGAUUUCCUAUCUUGCAGCAGAUGAGGUUCUCGAGGUGACUCAGUCCUCCCUGAGGAUUAGGAAGCGUGAAUUGGAUGCCAAUAGGCGUCGUCAAAACCAACGCGCAGGAAGAGAAUGAAGGCAUAAUACCUUUACCCGUCCCCACCACCCACCCACCCAUGCAGUUAUUUUUAUGCACCGUGCUUUUUGCACCACAUCCGCACAUCAGUAUUUUGACACCAUUUGUAGACUAGACUAGACAUAUUUUUAUUUUUCAG